UCCUCUUUAUAAAAUAUGAUAAAAAAUAUCACCGUGUGUGAAAACCCUGGGCUGAGGUUGAAGGAAGAAGAAGUGUUCCCGAGCGAAUUGAAGACAGAGUGGAGGACGGCGCUGAGCUCCAUCCUGCACGAGCUGACGGACUUCGAGUUCAUGGUACUUCUGUUUAACCUGGAGAAGAUCCCUGAGGAGGUGAAGGAGGGGCGGCUGCGGGGCGACAUGCCCAGCGUCAUCAUCCAGUACUACGGCACCGAGGGAUCCAUCACACUCAUCGACCGCCUGAUGAACGACCUGCCCAGGCUGGACAACGCCGUGCAGCAGCCGCUCAGAGAGAUCAAGGAGCUGAAGAAACUCAAAGAGGAUAUACUAAGAGAUCAGCUGAUCCGCCAUGUGACCGACGUGGAAUCACUUUUGGAUGAGCUAUUUACCAAGGGGGCGAUUCAUCAGGAGAGUUAUGAUCAUAUCUGCACUCUCCCGACCUCGGAGGAGAAGAUGAAGGAGCUGUUGGAUGGUCAUCUAAAAUCUGAAGAAGACAAAGACAUCUUAUACAAAAUUGCUGAGAAAUGGAUACCAUUAGCUGAGGGUCCAAGAUUGGCUUCGCAGUCAGAGAGUGUUAUCAACAGAGGAUAUCAAAAUGUUGUCCUAGCAGAGGUGCAGACCGUAGGUCAAGUUCCUGAGGUUCCCUGGAUUACACUCAAACCUGAAGUGAUCUGUGGGGAUGACGAGGAUACUCCAAUUUACAGCCUAGAGUCUGAUGCAGGUCGCUCUGAGUGUGGGGUCUCUGGACUGCGCUGGGUUUGUAAGGAAAAGGUCAGCUUGAAGUACCAGUUUGUCUCGUGGGAGGAACACAUGGAGAGGAUGGAAGCUCUGCACUUCAUUCCUGGAGGUCCCCUUCUCAACGUUACUGUCAUUGCUGGAGAGUUGGAGGAAGCUUAUCUGCCUCACUGGAUCUGCACAGAAGACAACCCUGAAGUCUUAGGCAAGUUCUCAGUCCUGCACAUAGAUGCCUGUGGAGACGUCGUGGAGCCAGUGUCUGAGGUUACACCAUCCCAUGUCAAGUUAUCUCAGCCACAUUUCUCUUCAAUAGGAGUCCUGAUUGCCAAAACUGGCUUUCCGAUAAAAAUCAACUGUAAAGUGUUAAUAUUCAAGACCAACCUGGCAUUCCUCACACUACAUGUGUAUCUGAUCCCUAGUGAUCCUGCUCUGCAACAGACAAUAAAAAGCAAGGAAUUAUCCAGUGGAUACAAAAUGAUCCAAAAGCCAUACCCACAGAAGUCCCUGAAAAUGGGUAAAUAUUUCACCCUCAAGGCCAACAUGGACAGUGCAGAAAUGACUCCUGAGAACCUAAAGCUUGUAUAUGAAGGGAGUGACCCAAACUUUUGUGAAGUGUUCAUUGAAAAUCCAGACAGUAAUUUCAAGCUCACACUCGCUCAUAAAUCUGCACCAGUGUGGACCUGUAUCAUUCGAAAAGAUGACUAUAUAAACACUGGUGAUAUUCAGGGGAUGUAUGAAGAGGAGCUUGCCAGACUGAGGCCUGCACUUGUGCGGAACAUGUCCAGAGAACUGAUCAAUCAGCUGCUGGAUGACCUUUUAAUGGAUGGAGUGUUGAAUGACGGGGAGAAAGACUCUGUUCUUCAGGAGAACGACACCAGGGCAGACAGGGCCCGCUGCCUCAUCGACAUGGUGAAGAGGAAAGGACGUGCAGCGAGCAGGAAGAUCAUUUGUCACAUUCAAAGCAGAGAUCCUACACUUUCUGCUGAUCUGGGUCUGCAUGUUUAACCAGUGUUCCUGCAGGGUUUAAGAAGAGGCGCAGAAUUUGAAAGUGUCCUUAUUAAUUCUACAUUGAAAGCCAUAUCAAGUGAAUGACACUCUUUAUGAUUUUAUUGUUUGUAUGUCUAAUUAACACAAAGCACUUAAUCAAAGCCGUACUAAUAAUAUUCUUUCAUAUUAACAAUGGAUAAAAUCAUGUAAAUACCCCCAAUUUCCAGUUAAUACUGCUUUCAAAUGUGCUGUUUAUACACUUUAUAACAACCCAAAUAUUUUCAGAUCAAGCAGGAAGGAUAUCAAAGGCCAUGUUUUAUUGAGUGUAGGUAAACCUGUCAUUGAUGCUUAAAGUAUUUUCAGUUAAAAAAAGCUGGUCAUCUAUAGUUAGCUUGCUACCAGCUACUACUAUUCACCAUAUGAUGCAGGUGAACAGUAUCACCUGUGAUUCUGAGCUUUCCAAACCUGGACAAAUGUACUCUGGUAAUCUCCUCAGGGUAUUCUCAGGCAUGCACAUUCAUAACAUUAUAAAUGUAUAUUUUUUUACUAGUUUGAUUUUAAAACUCUGAGUGUGUAGUCUGGAACAUUUAUCACCAUGGGAAAGUACAACGACAGAUGCUAUCGAAUUGUAUUGUGGGAAAUGUAGUUUGAAGUGAUUUUGGAGUUAGGCCUACACUCUGGAUUGAGUAAGGUUUCUUGCUCUAACCUGAAGAACAGAGAAGUAACUCAAUACUGAUUUGGUUAUGGCAAAACUGAACUAACAAAAACUCCCAAGCAUAAAUUGUCUCACCUUAUUGUUGAAAAAACACUGAUUAUCUUGAAAUGGUUUCCAAGGUUACAACAGUAUGUGCCUACCUUUCAAAGACUGAGGAAUUCAAACCUGACCUUAACUGCCUCACCCAAAUAACCCUGUCCAACGUGGCUAGAAUACUUUAAUCAAUCAAUCAAUCAAUGUUUAUUUAU